UAAGAGGGGAAAAGUAAAACCAGUGGUCCCUAUUAAGAGAAUUUGUUAACACGGAAAGGAGAAAGUUAUCUCAACAGUAUUGAGAAAUAUGGAAUUUCGAUCUUUUUCCGAAUGGCAAGAAGAAGUCUUGUCGGAUGCCAAUUUCAUCGUUCGAAUUUCUCGCUAUGAGGACAAUGUAGAAAUCACCGGAAGUAGAUCAAUCCGAUGGACGGAGGUGACGACAGAGAACAAUAAAAACCUACGUCUGCAGCAGCUGACCAACGAUAAGCCUUGUUUCAAUAUUCAGCGCUACCUUCCGGACGAGAAAGCGCCGUCAUCAAAACACGAAUUAAAAUCCGUCAUUAGUUACUCGGGGAAUUUGAAUUCAGUUUCAACAAAAAUGAUGGAGCCCGCUGUGACCGUGGAAUCAAACAACAAUCAUGACAAUCUUGGAUUUAAAGCAGACGACGCAGAUGGCGAUCAAAUAAAACCCGCCAAAAAACCAGACGACACGGUUAUCGAUAUCGAGGUUAAUGACAUAACCGUGACGUCAUCAACACAGAAAACUGCUGAAGCGUUCGGUGUACACGCGAUUGAUGAAGAUGGCCGAGAUUUGCCGAAUGGUGGUGGAUUUGAAUCAAGACAGAACGAGGUUGAAUUUGUCGGUAACGGUGAACAACAGAAUGAACAGACACAACCGGAAAAAGCCAAUGAUAGGAAGAAAAGUGUGGCCAUUCAGACGUCAUUUUACGAUCUUUACCAUUACUACAUUACCAUCAGGGACGAGGAGUUGAAGUGGUUGUCAUGGAUGGAGAUACAGUUCACCAAGAUCGCGGGGGAGGACGGCGAGAUCAACCUGGAGGAGUUCAAGGACGCUCUAGGGGUCAAACGGUCUUUUUUCGCGGAACGAUUUUUCAAUCUGUUUGAUACAGACAAAAGCGGAAGUAUCGAAUGUGGAGAACUAAUGGAUGGACUCCGGAUGUUGACAAAAGGCACGCCUGCGCAGAAAUUGAAGUUCCUGUUUGAUGUAUACGAUGUAGACGGAUCGGGUUCUAUCGAUCGUGAAGAACUUAAGACUGUUCUACGAUCGUGUAUGGAGGAGAGUUCCCUCACUUUGAGCGAGGAAGACCUUGAUGAUCUCACCGACGUACUAUUUGACGCCGCGGAUGAAGACAAUAGCGGAAGUAUAACCUUCGAGGAGCUGAAGGCGGAACUAGAAAAACACCCCGGGGUCAUAGAAAAUCUCACCAUCAGUGCAGCGCAGUGGUUGAAACCCCCGGCCGGAACCAAUAAAAAGACCAAAGGGUGGACCGAAAAGCUGACCUGGAAGUACAUUCGGAACAACCUCAGGAAAGUUGUCUUCCUUGUUCUGUACAUCCUUAUCAACCUGGGGCUGGCGGGUUACACUAUCAAUAAGUACAUCGACUCCAACGCAUUCGUUAUAGUUGCACGAAUUGGAGGAAUGAAUCUCAAUUUUAACUGUAUGUUUAUUUUGGUCCUGAUGCUGCGGAAGUGCUUGACCUACAUACGGGCUACUCCGUUAGCUGGUUUUCUCCCCUUGGAUCAAAAUAUCGUAUUUCACAAAAUGGUUGGCGGCAUGAUAGCGUUCUAUGGAAUCACGCAUACCCUCGCUCACAUAGGGAAUGCUUUGUACAUUGAGUUCGCCACCCCAGAGAAGAAUCUCACCACCGUUGAUAUUCUGUUCACAACAAAGGCCGAAGUCGGGUGGGUGGGGCACUCAGCCUAUAUUACGGGAUGGCCCAUCCUAGUCAUUCUUAUCAUUAUAGUGAUCUGCUCACUUCCGUUUGUCAGAAGAGGCGGCCAUUUUCAAGUAUUUUACUGGACACACAUGCUGUAUAUACCUUUCUGGAUCCUUCUCAUCUUGCACGGUCCCAUUUUCUGGAUGUUUUUCAUUCUUCCGGGUGUUAUUUUUAUCCUUGAAAAAAUAUCACGGUCAAAGAUCAUCAAACGGGCUCGGUUCGGAAAUACACAUAUUACGGAAGUCCAUUUGCUUCCGUCAAGGGUUUGUCAUUUGACUAUUUCGAGACCGGACAACUUUAAGUACCAGCCCGGGGACUACAUCUUCAUACAGAUCCCAGUGAUAGCAGCUAACGAGUGGCACCCGUUCACCAUCAGCAGUGCCCCAGAAAUGAAAGGUCACAUUUGGCUUCACGUGCGAUCUGCCGGACAUUGGACAAACAAACUAUAUGAGUAUUUUUCCGAGCUUGACCCAGUUAAUCUUGGUAAGCCGGAUAUUGUCCUCAAAAAGAGGCGCCAAACCCUCUCCCCUGCUCUUCUUAAUUUCAAAGCGUCAGGAAUCAAAAGAAAGGGCUCACAGUACUUGGAAAAAAGCCAGAAAGAAUUGGAGCACGAGAAAAGGGUCGCUCAGAAAAACAAGAAAGUCCGUAUUAAGUGCCAUAUAGACGGUCCUUACGGGACAGCGACGAGGGAGAUCUUUGAGACAGAGCACGCGGUGCUGGUUGGGGCGGGGAUCGGCGUCACUCCCAUGGCCUCCAUUCUACAGAGCGUCAUGUAUAGGUAUAAGGAGUCCAAGAGGACCUGCCCCCAAUGUCAGCAUAGCUUCUAUGGACCAAUCUCAGAGGCCGCCAUGAAACUUAAAAAGGUUGACUUUAUAUGGAUCAACCGGGACCAGAAGUCUUUUGAAUGGUUCGUGGGUCUACUAAACCACAUAGAGAAAGAACAAAUAGACGUGGCGUACGAGGAGGGCAAGGAGCCUGAGAAAGUGAUAGAGAUGCACAUGUACAUGACGGCCGCCCAGGGCAAGACGGACAUGAAGGGCAUAGGACUGCAGAUAGCCCUGGACCUCAUCCAUAAAAAGGACAAUAGGGACCUGAUCACAGGGCUAAAGACCCGGACACAGGCGGGCAGACCUAACUGGAAUCAGAUAUUCGACAAAAUUUCCAAGGAGAAAAAAGGAAAAGUCAAAGUGUUCUUCUGCGGGGCUCCACAGCUGGGCAAAAUAAUCAAGUCCACCUGUAUGAAAUACAAGUUUAAUUUCUCCAAAGAAAACUUUUAAUUAUUAUAACAAUGAUAACAAAGAAAAUGACUUUGUACACAAACGAAUAU